AUAAAGAAGAAUAUUCGUUUGGAGUCCCAGUUGCUACUGUUAUGAGAAAAAAUAUAACCGUAAUGACUGCGUCAGGCUUAAGAUUGGACGAAAUUGAUCAAAUCUUGUUAGAAACGAAUUUCCAAGGAUUUCCAGUUGUACAAGAUAAAAAGAGCAUGAUGUUAUUGGGAUAUAUCGGUCGUGUAGAAUUAAAAUAUGCUAUAGAUAAAGCAAAAAGAGUCCGAGGAGUUUCCAAUAAUGCACAUUGUUUUUUCAACCCUGACGACACUAAUCUUGAUAGCAAUGGGGGUGGUGAAGGAUCAUCAAAUUUCAUUGAUUUUGCGCCUCUUAUUGAUCAGUUCAUCCACGAUUACCACUCGAAACUUCCACGUGUCAUUCUAAUAGAACAUGUUGGUAGGUUAGUUGGCCUUGUAACUGUGAAAGAUGUUUUAAAAUAUAUUGCGCAAAGGGAUGCUAAAGUACAGAACGAAGAUACUAGAGAUACUGAAAACGCUGAUAAUACAGAUUCUAACGGUUUUAUUUAUGGAAACAGAAGGAGUUUACGGAGGAAACGUAGUAUGAUUUCAUUAUCAGAAUUGGGAAAAAGGAACGAGCGUAAUUCAUAG